GUGAGUCCCUGCCCUCUCCUCUCCGUCUGGCUCCUCCCCGUCCGUCCCCUGUCUGGAGGCCUUGGUGGACACAAGAGGAGGGUGGCAGCCGCACAGAGGGGCUGGACUUGGACUCAGACAGCAGGGCUACUCGGAAAAGGCAGCAUAUAAAGGAGGCGCCUGCUGCCCAGAGCAGUGGGAAGCGUCCACCACGGUGCUCUGCGGCCCGGGGUCUCCACUGAGGAAGCCGCGUCCUUCUGGUCCUGCUCGGAAACCCUGAGGUCAGUCAGCACCCCGGCAGGACAGCACACCAGGAGCUGCAGCAGGACGCAGGAUGCUCUGGGGGAUGGCCCUGCUGGCCCUGUGGGCGUGGCCCAGCGCGCUCGCUGGUGACCCAGACGAGGAGGACACCUCCUUCGACCUCUUCAGCGUCAGCAACAUCAACCGGAAGACGAUCGGUGCCAAGCAGUUCCGCGGGCCUGACCCCGGGGUGCCCGCCUACCGGUUCGUCCGCUUUGAUUACAUCCCCCCGGUGAACAGCGAGGACCUGAGCAGGAUCCUCAGGACCAUGCGGCGCAAGGAGGGCUUCUUCCUCACGGCCCAGCUGAAGCAGGACCGCAAGUCCCGCGGCACGCUGCUGGCCCUGGAGGGCCCUGGCGCCUCGCAGCGGCAAUUCGAGAUCGUCUCCAAUGGCCCGGCGGACACCCUGGACCUCACCUACUGGACCGAGGGCACCCCGCACCCUGUCUCCCUGGAGGACGUGGGCCUGGCCGACUCGCAGUGGAAGAACAUCACCGUGCAGGUGGCCGGCGAGACCUACAGCCUGUACGUGGGCUGCGACCUCAUCGACAGCUUCAGCCUCGAUGAGCCCUUCUACGAGCAGCUGAGCGCCGAGAGAAGCCGGAUGUACGUGGCCAAAGGCGCCACCCGCGAGAGCCACUUCAGGGGUCUGCUGCAGAACAUGCACCUGGUGUUCGAGAACUCCGUGGAGGACCUCCUGAGCCGGAAGGGCUGCCCGGGAGCCCAGGGAGCUGAGAUCAACGCCAUCAGCGAGCACACGGAGACGCUGCACCUGGGCCCUCACGUCACCACGGAGUUCGUGGGCCAGGGAGUGGCGAAGAGGCCGGAGGUGUGCGAGCACUCCUGCGAGGAGCUGGGCCACAUGAUCAACGAGCUCUCGGGGCUGCAUGUCCUGGUGAACCAGCUCAGCGAGAACCUGAGGAGAGUGUCAAAUGACAACCAGUUCCUGCUCGAGCUCCUUGGUGGCCCUCCUAAGACGAGGAACAUAACGGCCUGCUGGCAGGAUGGCCGGUUCUUUGCAGAAAACGAAACCUGGGUGGUGGACAGCUGCACGUCCUGCACCUGCAAGAAGUUCAAGGUCGUCUGCCACCAGAUCUCCUGCCCGCCUGCCACCUGCGCCAGCCCAGCUUUUGCCGAGGACGAGUGCUGUCCUUCCUGCUCCCACUCAAUGGACAGUGAGGAGGGCUGGUCCCCAUGGGCAGAGUGGACCGAGUGUUCUGUCACGUGUGGCUCUGGGACCCAGCAAAGAGGCCGGUCGUGCGAUGUCACCAGCAACACUUGCCUAGGCCCUUCCAUCCAGACGCGGGCUUGCAGCCUGGGCAAGUGUGACACCCGCAUUCGACAGAACGGCGGCUGGAGCCACUGGUCACCCUGGUCUUCAUGCUCUGUCACCUGUGGGGUUGGCAACAUCACACGCAUCCGCCUGUGCAACUCCCCAGUCCCCCAGAUGGGCGGCAAGAACUGCAAAGGCAGUGGCCGGGAGACCAAAGCCUGCCAGCGUGACCCCUGCCCAAUCGACGGCCGCUGGAGCCCCUGGUCCCCAUGGUCGGCCUGCACGGUCACUUGUGCAGGAGGGAUCCGCGAGCGCUCGCGGGUCUGCAACAGCCCUGAGCCCCAAUACGGAGGGAAGGACUGCGUGGGGGACGUGAAGGAGCACCAGAUGUGCAACAAGAGGAGCUGCCCCCUGGACGGGUGCUUGUCCAAUCCCUGCUUUCCUGGAGCCCAGUGCAACAGCUUCCCUGACGGCUCCUGGUCCUGCGGCUCCUGUCCAGUGGGCUUCCUGGGCAAUGGCACCCACUGCGAGGACCUGGACGAGUGUGCUGUGGUUGCGGACAUCUGUUUCUCCACCAACAAAGUCUCCCGCUGCGUCAACAGCGAGCCGGGCUUCCACUGCCUGCCCUGUCCCCCGCGCUACAAGGGGAACCAGCCCUUCGGGGUCGGCCUGGAGGCAGCCAGGACAGAGAAGCAGGUGUGCGAGCCGGAGAACCCGUGCAAGGACAAGACGCACAACUGCCACAGGCACGCAGACUGCAUCUACCUGGGCCACUUCAGUGACCCCAUGUUCAAGUGCGAGUGCCAGACGGGCUACGCGGGCGACGGGCUCAUCUGCGGGGAAGACUCGGACCUGGACGGCUGGCCCAACAGUAACCUGCUCUGUGCCACCAACGCCACCUACCACUGUGUCAAGGACAACUGCCCCCAGCUGCCCAACUCUGGACAGGAGGACUUUGACAAGGACGGAGUGGGUGAUGCCUGCGAUGAGGAUGAUGACAACGAUGGCGUGAGCGACGAGAAGGACAAUUGCCCCCUACUCUUCAAUCCCCGGCAGUCCGACUAUGACAAGGAUGAAGUCGGGGACCGCUGUGAUAACUGCCCUUACGUGCACAACUCUGCGCAGAUCGACACCGACAGCAAUGGCGAGGGGGACGCCUGCUCUGUGGACAUCGAUGGCGAUGACGUCUUCAACGAGCGGGACAACUGUCCCUACGUCUACAACACCGACCAGAGAGACACGGACGGGGAUGGAGUGGGGGACCACUGUGACAACUGCCCACUGAUGCACAACCCCGACCAGACGGAUGUGGACAAUGACCUGGUGGGAGACGAGUGUGACAACAACGAGGACAUCGACGACGACGGCCACCAGAACAACCAGGACAACUGCCCCUACAUCUCCAACGCCAACCAGGCUGACCACGACAGCGACGGCCAGGGGGACGCCUGCGACUCGGACGAUGACAACGAUGGAGUCCCCGAUGACAGGGACAACUGCCGGCUGGUGUUCAACCCGCAGCAGGAGGACUCGGAUGGUGAUGGGCGAGGUGAUAUUUGUAAAGAUGAUUUUGACAAUGACAAAGUCCCUGACAUCGAUGAUGUGUGUCCUGAAAACUAUGCCAUCAGCGAGACAGACUUCAGGAACUUCCAGAUGGUCCCCUUGGACCCCAAGGGAACCACCCAGAUUGACCCCAACUGGGUCAUCCGUCACCAAGGAAAGGAGCUGGUCCAGACGGCUAACUCAGACCCCGGCAUCGCUGUAGGCUUCGAUGAGUUCGGGUCCGUGGACUUCAGCGGCACGUUCUACGUCAACACGGACAGGGAUGACGACUACGCGGGCUUCGUCUUCGGCUACCAGUCGAGCAGCCGCUUCUAUGUGGUGAUGUGGAAGCAGGUCACCCAGACCUACUGGGAGGACCAGCCCAGCCGGGCCUACGGCUACUCUGGGGUGUCCCUCAAGGUGGUCAACUCCACCACGGGCACAGGCGAGCACCUGCGCAACGCUCUGUGGCACACGGGAAACACGGAAGGGCAGGUCCGCACCCUGUGGCAUGACCCCAAAAACAUCGGCUGGAAAGACUACACGGCCUACCGGUGGCACCUGACCCACCGGCCCAGGACAGGCUACAUGAGAGUCCUAGUGCAUGAGGGGAAACAGGUCAUGGCGGAUUCAGGACCAAUCUAUGACCAAACCUAUGCUGGCGGACGGCUGGGUCUGUUUGUGUUCUCUCAAGAGAUGGUCUACUUCUCGGACCUCAAGUACGAAUGCAGAGAUGGCUAGGCGAGACGGCCACUCCCAGCCACAGCUGCGAAUGCUGUUCCCCAGACACCUCGGCUCAUCCUGACACCUGCAGCUUCUCUCUCUUUAGUGGCACUUCCUGUUCUCUGACCCUAACUGGCUGGUUCUUCACCUUGUGCAUCGACCCCAAGUCCACGUGCCUCCAGAGGACAAAUGUUGAGGGACCCCAGAGCCAAACAUCUGACCCGGUGCAGGGGAGCGGCAGGACCGUUGGGACUCCGCAGAGUGGAUCUUGAGCAGACUCAUUGCCUUUUCUUGUUUGUUAAGAAUGACGUUUACGUGGGAAACGUACUUACUGUAUUUAUGUGCAUAUGGAGCUGAAGGGUUACUGUGCACAGGUCGUUAACAUAAAUUAAGCUUGAAAAGUCCUGGUCCACCAUGCCCAGUGCUGACGUUUCUUGGGUUAGUGCUGUCCACUGACACACCCAACCCUGAGGUCCAUCAGGAGGGUCAGGUAGGUGUGUGGGCAGUCGCAUGAGGCAGAGAUCAGCAGAUGCUUGUCACACAGCUGUGGUCAGCAUUGAGUGAUGCAAGGUGCCGAGCACCUAUGAAAAACUGCUCCAAAAGUCGACAGGUACCCCCAGCCCACAGUGGACAACCUCACACUUGGUGGGACACCAAGAGGGACUGCCUCUGAGCAAUGGGCCUCCCCUGGCUCUGUCUGGGGCCUGGUAGAGUCUCCCUGGGGUGGAAGUUCAGCAGAGCAAGUGCCUCUGCUUAGCCGCGGGUCCUGCGGCAGUGUGGUGAGUGUCCUGGCCGGAGUCACUGGGGCUGCUGUCUGCUCAGGGCUGCUGCUUGGCUCUGCCUGGUCUCUGCUCCUGGGGAAGAGAUAAGCAGGCAAGCCAGCCAGUGCACGUGGUGCCCGAUUCAUGUUCUAGGUUUUGGAAACUGGGAAAGUCGCUUUUACCUAAUUCUGGGAACACAUUGCAUUAAGGUUUCAGCUGUAAGUGUUUGGCUAAUAUUUAUUAAGUGAAUAAAGAAUGCACUCCAGCUGCCAAUAACUUAUUUCAAACAUUCCGACUAACAUGUAUGUAGCAUGAUUUCAAGAAAUAAACACGUAACAAGGACAUAAUAAUAUAAAGACACAGUUACAGCCAAAUACCUGCUGUCUAAAUUUGAGGCUUUGUACUGUUACUGCGCCAUGUUAAGGCACCAUGUGAAAGGCACCGGGUUAACAGGUAGCUUGCGUAACUGGUAAGGGGACCUUAGUAUAUACUGCUACCAGUGACUUUCAGUUCAACAUUUUUUGCUGUUACCUACCUGCUGUACACUGAACUUUUUUAUUUGGAUGCUGAAGAAAAUUCAGCAGGGGGUCUUGCCAGACACACACAGCCAUCCGCCACACAGUAGUGGACAUGUCUGCUUCGUCCUUGCUUUGAGCUGCAGGGUCUCUGCACGAACUGGCCAUGCCCACUCCUCCCCAGGGUGCGUGGAGAGCUCUCUGGCUGGCUGGCACGGGGCAGGGCCUCCCGUCUGUCCGUGUGGUUGCUUGUAUGUGUCUAAUGGGGGAACCCACUCUGUCUCCACUAACACACUUCACGUUGAUGCGGUAUGUCGUUGCUUACUCCAAGGUGACAGCUGUGUCUGCUGCACUUCUGCUUGUGUGGACCUACGUUCCUAGAACCUCGAGGGCUGGGGCACUUCAUUAAAUGUGACGCUGAGCAGAGUGUGUGCAGGCCUCGGGGGCUGGCCGGUGGCGAGAGGGUGUGAGGAUGUGAACGCCCAGAAUGUACUAUAUGAUUUGUAAAUUAUUUAUGUCUUUUUUAAAAAACAAGCUUCUCAUAUAGGUUAAUGAAAAUAUUUGUUUUGCAAAGAUUGUAAAUAUUUAUUUAUUUGUUCACAUGAUCAAAAUUUCACCACUGAAACCCUGCAUUUAGUUAGAGCCUCAUUUUUAUACUUCAAACAUCAACAACAGGAAAUAAAUUAUAAAGAAGGUUUUCUAUAAA